UACAGCCGAAGGAAACCGACUGAAAUGAGGUAAUUACAUUUGCAAUGUAUGUCAAAGUUACUUUUAUGAUUUUAUAUUAUAAAGAAAUUGCAUUUUUAUUGUUGGAUUCUGAUUUUGCAACAACAAAUUUUAUUCAAACAAAGAAUAGAGUGCGCAAUAAUCGGUAAAGAUGCAAUCCAUCCUAAUGUCAUAAGACAAAUGGUAUUUGUUGAGCUUAUGUUUUUGUGUUCAUAUUUCAAUGGAAACGAAGGGUGCUUCUGCGAGACUGGUUCUUCAGCAAUGCAUUUCUGCGAAACUGCAAGUGAAACCAAUAACAGGCCCAGAAGAAGCUGUAUACGUCAACAUAUCUCGUGGAAUGGUUGCGUUUGUGUGCUUUCUGAAGCAAGCGGACCAGACUACCGUGAAUAAAAUGGUUGACCAUAUAACGCAAGUAAAACUCUCCAAACAAGACGAUGGAAAACUUGUUUCUAUUCUUGAUCUGCCGGGUGACCUAUUAAUCGUACCACAAGCAACCCUUGGCGGUAGAUUAAAAGGAAAACGUAUGCAGUAUCAUCAAAACAUAGACAAAAAUCUCGGCUCUGAACUAUAUACUCAACUUGUUGAAGCUUGUAGAAAAAUUUUAAAACAAACGAACAAAGCAGUUGAAUGUGGCACCUAUGGGAAUUUGCAAGUUUUAAGCAUUCAAACUAAUGGGCCAUAUACACACAUAAUAGAUGUUAGCUAAAUUGUAGGCAAAUAUACUGUUAAAUUUCCUUUCUAUUUGGUUAUUGUGUUUGUGUAUUUGUAAUCAUUUUGAUUUUUAAAAGGUUUACGAAGACCUGCAAAGCAAACAUUAACACAUUUUGCACUGAUAUUAACUGAAAAUGUAAAUAACAUUAGUAAUGCGAUACACAAUCCAAAUAAUGAACAGAACUCCCGAAGCAAAAUUUUAAAAACACCCGUGAUGUUGUUCAGUUUACAGGCAAAUACAUAAGUGUACGAUAGGUGAACUUGGGGUCAAAGACUGAACACCACA